ACCAGGAGUGGCUUUCCGGUUUUUUUUUUACCCGAAGAACCACUGCAUUUAUUAUGAUUAUUUUUUAAAAAGGGAGGUGGACGCAAAACAGAAAAAUAAUAACUAAGAAAAAGAAGGGAGACGAGCUUGGUUCGUGUGCCUCCCGAACCAGAACCGAGCUGUAUUCGGAUCUGUAAUCCUGACCCGGGACGGACCCGUGUCAGCUCCCGGCGAGAAAGUGGACUCGCUUUCGACCGAGUCGUUUGAAGAACUGACCCGUGCUGCGGCCGAACCGGACAUGUCCGAACCCAAGACGGCGAGCCCGACCCCGGGCGACAUGUACAAAGGCUGGCUGUUCAAAUGGACGAACUACAUCAAAGGGUACCAGCGACGGUGGUUCGUCUUGAGCAACGGGCUUCUGUCAUAUUACAGGACCCAGGCGGAAAUGGGGCACACGUGUCGCGGAACGAUAAACCUGGCCACGGCGAACAUCACAGUGGAGGACACCUGCAACUUCAUCAUCUCCAACGGAGGAACCCAGACCUACCACCUGAAAGCCAGCUCCGAGGUGGAGAGACAGCGCUGGAUCACAGCCCUGGAGCUGGCCAAGGCAAAGGCAGUCAAAAUGCAGGCCGAGUCAGACGAUUCCAGUGACGAGGCCCCCGUCUCCUCUCAGGGGGACAAGUCGGAGUUUCAGUCCAUUCUGCGCACGCUCACCUGCAAGGUGGAGGACUUGAGCACCUGCCACGACCUGAUCGGAAAGCACGGAGCCGCCCUGCAGCGCUCCCUGAGCGAGCUGGAGAGCCUCAAGCUGCCCCCGGAGAGCGGGGACAAGAUCCGGCAGGUCAACGAGAGGGCCACGCUCUUCCGGAUCACCUCCAACGCCAUGAUCAACGCGUGCCGGGACUUCCUGUCCCUGGCUCAGACUCACAGUAAGAAGUGGCAGAAAUCCCUCCAGUACGAGCGAGACCAGCGCAUCCGACUGGAGGAGACGCUGGAGCAGCUCGCCAAGCAGCACAACAACCUGGAGAGGGCGUUCCGGGGAGCCACCGUGCUUCCUGCCAGCAGCCCCGGCAGCGCGGGCUCCUCCAAGGGGAGUGGUGGCGGACAUGGUAAAGGAGAUUUGAGUGACGAUGAUGAGAAUGAGUUCUUUGACGCGAUAGAGGACGCUCCCGAAUUCAUCACAGUGCCGGCAGACCCCAAAUAUCACAAGCGCACUGGCAGUAACGUCAGCGGAAUCAGCAGUGAGAUGGGACUGGAAGACCAUCUUCGAGAGGAGCAGCAGCAGCAGCAGCAGCAGCAGGCAGCCAAUCAAGAGUCAGCGUCGAAGGAACUCAUCCCGCGGAAAAAACGCCGCAACAGGAUCCCGGACAAACCGAACUACAGCCUGAACCUGUGGAGCAUCAUGAAGAACUGCAUCGGGAAGGAGCUGUCUAAGAUCCCCAUGCCUGUGAAUUUCAACGAGCCCAUCUCCAUGCUGCAGCGUCUCACUGAAGACCUGGAGUACUCGGAGCUCUUGGACCGAGCAGCGAAGUGCGAGAGCUCCCUGGAGCAGCUGUGCUACGUGGCUGCGUUUACCGUCUCCUCCUACUCCACCACCGUCUUCCGCACAGGGAAACCCUUCAACCCCCUGCUGGGGGAGACCUUCGAGCUGGACCGCCUGGAGGAGAGCGGGUACCGGUCCCUGUGCGAGCAGGUGAGUCACCACCCCCCCGCGGCCGCCCACCACGCGGAGUCGAAGCGAGGCUGGACCCUGAGGCAGGAAAUAGCCAUCGCCAGCAAGUUCCGCGGGAAGUACCUGUCAAUCAUGCCUCUCGGUAGCAUACACUGCCUGUUUGCAAACAGCGGGAACCACUACACCUGGAAAAAAGUGAACACCACGGUACACAACAUCAUCGUGGGCAAGCUGUGGAUCGACCAGUCUGGUGAAAUUGACAUCAUCAAUAAUAAGACAGGAGACAAGUGCCACCUCAAAUUCGCUCCCUACAGCUACUUCUCGAGAGACGUAGCCAGGAAGGUGACGGGAGUUGUGACGGACUCCAGCGGGAAAGCCCACUUCAUCCUGUCCGGGACCUGGGAUGAGAAGAUGGAUUACUCCCGGGUCAUGCAGAGCACCAGGGGGGAGAACGGGGCCGAGGGGAGGCAGAAGACUGUCUACCAGACCCUGAGAGCCAAGGACCUGUGGAGGAGGAACCCACUGCCGGAGAACGCUGAGAACAUGUACUAUUUUUCCAACCUGGCACUGUCGCUCAACGAAGAGGAGGAGGGCGUGGCACCGACCGACAGCAGACUCCGCCCAGACCAGCGCAUGAUGGAGAACGGGCACUGGGACGAGGCGAACUCCGAGAAGCAGCGUCUGGAGGAGAAGCAGAGAGCCGUGAGGCGCAAGAGGGAGUCUGAGGCUGUCAAACCAGAGGAAGAGGCUGACCCUAAGGAUUCUCCCACUGACUCUCCAAUAAAAAGCGCACACGUGGACACCUACAAGGCUCUGUGGUUCGAGAGGAAAGAGGACCCCGUCACGGGAGAGGUGACAAACGUCUACCGUGGUGGCUACUGGGAAGCCAAAGAAAAGCAGGACUGGUCAGCCUGCCCUGACGUUUUCAGUGCCUCGUAGAAUCAUCCGGAGAGAAGGAAGGAGGGAGGGAGGGAGGGAGAGAGA